CGCCUGCCUGGCUCCCCUCUAACUUUCUUUGCUCUGCUCCUGGGCUGGGGGGAAGGAGAGAGGGGUGGGGGGAGGUUUUUUUUCCCACAAUGCUUUGUGGGGACGUUGACAAGUGGAUCCAAGAUGGCGUAGAAAGUAAUGACAGGAUUUCUGUCCCUGAGUCAUGGCAGACAGAAGACCAGAGAAGUCAUGUGAACAAGCAUGUGAAUCACUUAAACAGCAGGAUUAUGAAGUGGCUGUGAAGCACUGCACGGAGGCACUCCUUUCCCUCAGCCAGUACCCCCCAGCUCACUUCCCGGAGGCAUGCCAGGCUGAAAUCGACCGCAUAAAAAUUGAGAGUCUUCUCUAUAGAAUUGCUUCUUUUUUACAACUUAAAAACUAUGGACAAGCAGAUGAAGACUGUAGGCAUGUGCUGGGAGAGGGACUGGCCAAGGGAGAUGGCUCUUUCCGUGCAGUGCUUUGCUGCAUGCAUCUUAAAGGGAAGCUGCAAGUUGUAUCUAAUGUUCUUUCCAAAUCACUGAUGGGUGAAUCAUUGAACGGGAUGGUAACUAAAGAUUUGACAAGACUAAAAAUGCUUCUUGCUGAAACAGAGGCAUCAGCUAGCAAAGUACCCUCAGGAUACCAUGGGGAAGAUUUGGAAGAUGGCUCUCAGGAUGGUUGGCAAUUCCGCCCCCCACCCAGGGGUGUCACAAGUAGUGAGGAGUACACAUUGUGUAAGAGAUUUUUAGAGCAAGGGAUCUGCAGGUACGGUGCACAGUGUACUUCAGCACAUUCCCAGGAAGAGCUAACAGAAUGGCAAAAACGAUACGCUUCCCGCUUGAUAAGAUUAAAACAACAGAAGGAAAACAAACAAUGUUCGGGUAGUUAUAUGGAAACCUUGAUUGAGAAAUGGAUGAAUUCAUUAUCUCCUGAGAAAGUGCUUAGUGAAUGUGUAGAAGGAGUGAGAGUAGAGCAUAAUCCUGAACUAUCGGUUACUGUCACCACCAAAAAGUCUCAACAAACGUGGACAUUUGUUCUCACUUGUAAGCCUGCAAGAAUGCUGUAUCGAGUGGCAUUGCUUUAUGAUGCCCAUCGUCCUCAUUUCAAUAUCGUUGCAAUAUCUGCUGGAGACAGCACUACCCAGGUAUCACAAGAAGUCCCAGAAAACUGUCAGGAAUGGAUAGGAGGAAAGAUGGCCCAAAAUGGAAUAGAUCAUUACAUUUACAAAGUCAGUAUAGCCUUUAACACGGAAAUCUUUGGAACAUUUCGCCAAACCGUAGUGUUUGAUUUUGGGUUGGAACCAGUACUCAUGCAACGAGUAAUGAUUGAUGCUGCUUCAACAGAAGAUCUUGAAUACCUGAUGCAUGCACGGCAACAGUUACUAACUACAGCUAAGCGUUGGGAUUCUACUUCUAAGACUAUUGUAGAUUUUGAGCCUAAUGAAACUACUGAAUUGGAGAAGAGCCUUCUUAUCAGAUACCAAAUUCCUCUAUCUGCUGACCAGCUGUUUACACAGUCUGUCCUGGACAAAUCAUUGACCAAGACCAACUAUCAGUCACGGUUGCAUGACCUCCUUUAUAUUGAGGAAAUAGCACAGUAUAAGGAAGUCAGCAAGUUCAACAUAAAAGUGCAAUUGCAGAUUGUAGCAAGCUUCAUGCUCACUGGUGUAUCCGGAGGUGCAAAGUAUGCCCAAAACGGACAACUUUUUGGCCGCUUUAAGCUCACUGAAACGCUUUCUGAAGACACUUUGGCUGGACGGCUGGUGAUGACCAAAGUCAAUGCUGUUUAUUUAUUGCCAGUCACUAAAGAGAAGUCAGUACAGACCCAAGGAACCAAAGAGAAGGUUUAUGAAGCAGCUAUUGAAGAGAAAACAAAGGAUUAUAUCUUCUUGAGGGUAUCCAGGGAAUGCUGUGAAGAACUUAAUCUUCGAGCAGAUUGUGAAAUGCAGGUUGAACUUCAGUUUCAGUUAAAUCGCUUACCCCUCUGUGAAAUGCAUUAUGCCUUGGACAGGAUCAAGGACAACAGUAUUUUGUUUCCAGAUGUCCGCAUGACUCCCACCAUACCCUGGAGCCCCAACAGACAAUGGGAUGAGCAGUUGGACCCUCGACUAAAUGCAAAGCAGAAAGAGGCUGUUCUGGCUAUCACAACUCCACUUUCGAUACAACUGCCUCCUGUUCUUAUCAUCGGUCCCUAUGGGACAGGCAAAACGUUCACUCUGGCUCAGGCAGUCAAGCACAUACUCCAACAGCAGGAUACUAGCAGGAUUCUCAUUUGCACCCAUUCUAAUAGUGCUGCUGAUCUCUACAUAAAGGAUUAUUUACAUCCAUAUGUAGAAGCAGGCAAUCCCCAGGCGAGACCUCUCAGGGUAUAUUUCAGAAAUCGCUGGGUAAAGACUGUCCACCCAGUAGUGCAUCAAUACUGUUUGAUUUCAAGCACACAUUCCACCUUUCAGAUGCCACAGAAAGAAGAUAUUCUUAGACAACGAGUAGUAGUUGUUACUUUGAAUACUUCACAGUAUCUAUGUCAACUGGAUCUUGAACCUGGGUUUUUUACGCAUAUUCUAUUAGAUGAAGCUGCGCAGGCCAUGGAGUGUGAGACGAUCAUGCCUCUAGCAUUAGCUAAUAAAAACACAAGAAUCGUCUUGGCUGGAGACCAUAUGCAACUCAGUCCUUUUGUCUACAGCGAAUUUGCCAGGGAGAGAAAUCUUCAUGUUUCAUUACUUGAUCGGCUCUAUGAGCACUACCCUGCAGAGUUUCCAUGCAGGAUCUUGCUGUGUGAGAACUAUCGCUCCCAUGAAGCUAUCAUCAAUUACACAUCUGACCUUUUCUAUGAGGGCAAAUUGAUGGCAAGUGGAAAGCAGCCAGCACACAAAGAUUUCUACCCUUUGACUUUCUUCACAGCACGCGGAGAAGAUGUGCAGGAGAAAAACAGUACAGCUUUCUACAACAAUGCAGAGGUAUUUGAAAUAGUAGAACGUGUUGAAGAAUUGAGAAGAAAAUGGCCGGUAGCUUGGGGAAAAUUGGAUGAUGGCAGUAUAGGGGUUGUAACACCAUAUGCUGAUCAAGUGUUCCGAAUUCGGGCAGAACUUCGAAAAAAGAGAUUAUCUGACGUCAGUGUAGAAAGAGUGCUAAAUGUUCAGGGAAAGCAGUUUAGAGUUUUGUUUCUCAGCACAGUACGAACACGGCAUACGUGCAAACACAAGCAAACACCGAUCAAAAGGAAGGAGCAAUUAUUGGAGGAUUCAACAGAGGACUUGGAUUAUGGUUUUCUGUCCAAUUACAAACUUCUCAACACUGCUAUUACAAGAGCACAGUCCCUGGUAGCUGUGGUGGGAGACCCAAUUGCUUUAUGUUCCAUUGGAAGAUGCAGGAAAUUUUGGGAGAGGUUUAUUGCCUUGUGUCACGAGAAUGAGAGCCUCCACGGUAUCACGUUUGAACAGAUCAAGGCUCAGUUGGAGGCUUUGGAGUUAAAGAAAACCUAUGUGUUGAAUCCCCUGGCACCCGAGUUUAUCCCUCGGGCUUUGCGACAGCAGCAUUCAGCAAAUACCAACAAACAGCAACAAUCACCACCCAAGGGCAAGGGCCAUCAUCAUAAUCAGAAUGACCAUUUUCAAACGGAUGGAAUUGUUCAGCCCAAUCCUUCUGUCCUAAUUGGAAAUCCUAUCAGAGCGUAUACUCCUCCUCCUCCUCCUCCUCCUCUUGGACCUCAUCCCAACCUGGGAAAAUCUCCAAGCCCUGUUCAAAGGAUAGAUCCUCACACUGGGACAAGUAUUCUUUACGUACCUGCUGUCUAUGGAGGAAAUAUGGUCAUGUCUGUGCCUUUACCUGUACCGUGGACAGGGUAUCAGGGUAGGUUUGCAGUUGAUCCUCGAAUCAUUACGCACCAAGCAGCUAUGGCAUAUAAUAUGAACCUGUUACAGGCGCAUGGGCGCGGGUCUCCUAUACCUUAUGGCCUGGGACAUCAUUCACCAGUUAGUAUAGGGCAGCAGCCACUUCAACAUCAAGAAAAGGAGCAACAUGAACAAAAUCGAAAUGGUAAAACUGAAAACAGUGCUGGACCUGAAAUUAAUAAAAUUCGGACACCUGAGAAAAAACCUGUGGAAUCCAAACAGGUUGACGUAGAAGGAAAUUCCCAAAAUAGAAGCCCAGAGUCGCGUUCCAGCAUUGGUUAUCCUAAUUCUAAAUUUCAUCGCAAAGAUAAUCUCAACCCUAGGCAGCUGAAUCUACAUCUCACCCCUCCCCAUACACAGUAUGCAGUCCCCAGUCGCCACUACCAGCACCUGUCCCAGAUCCCCAGGCAGCCAUACCCUGUGCAACAGCAGCAAAAUCUUUUAAGUCAGCAACAAAAUCAUUUGCCUGAACAGCAAAACCAAAUACCACCCCAGCAGAGCCAGGUAGUCCAGCAGCAUAAUCAUGUAAAUCAGCAGCCUCCACAACCUUCACAACUUUCCCCUGCUUACCAGAUGGGCCCCAACCAGUCUUUUUUUAAUAACCCGAUUCCCCACCGACCACAUUCUCCUGCAGUAGAUGCUGUGAUUUCAGAACAUCAUCCCCCACCCAUGUUGCAAGAAGUCAGUAACCCUCUGAGACCUAUUGCACAGCACAACCCAAUGCUGCCAUCUCACUUGAACAACUUCAUUGAAGAGAAUCCUGCAGGAAUGCCCAUAGGGGAGACAUUAGAUCGUAUGCAUGGAAAUGUAGCUUUGGAAACAUUGAGGCAGCAGCAGCAAGCAAGAUUACAGCAGUGGAAUGAGCAUAAUGCCUAUCUCAGUCAGGGCAAUCUUCCAUAUCCGCACCAUCACCAUCCUCACCUACAACAUCUUCCCCAGCAGCCAAUUGGAUUGCACCAACAGCCAGUUAGGGCAAACUGGAAACUUGCAAGUAAUACAGAAGACGAAACAGAGGCAACAUAUUCAAGGUUCCAGGACUUGCUCAGAGAACUGUCACACCGCGAUCAAAGUGAAAGCAGGGACCUAGCUGAAAUGCCACCUCCCCAGUCCAGACUGUUGCAAUACAGACAAGUUCAGCCCAGAAGCCCACCAGCGCUCCCCUCUCCUUCAUGCAACUCAAACCACAGCGGCCACUUUCCUAACUUCACUGAAAACAACAGAGACAUUGAAAUGUCCAACAACCCAGCAUUUCAGCAGCAUUUGCCCCAAAUAUACAAUCCCCCAUUCUCACUGCCAUCUGAACACAUAACCCCACCUCCUUUGAAGUACCUGCAACCUGAUGGAUCAUGGACCUAUGCUAACCUACAGCAGAAUCACCUAAUGGGGCAGGGCUUUCAUUAUGGCAUACCUCCAUUGCCCCAUAGAUCACAACAGAACCCUUUUAUACAAAUACAGAAUCAUCAGCAUGCAGUGGGUCAGGAGCCAUUUCAUCCGCUCACAUCUCGAGCAGUAUCUGCUUCUUCGCUCCACAGCUUAGAAGAGUAUGAACCAAGAGGACCAGGCAGGCCGUUGUACCAAAGAAGAAUUUCCUCUAGUUCAGUCCAGGCUUGUUCUGAAGAUUUUAACACUCCUCAAGACAAUCUUGGUCAGUGUAAAGAGCUUCAGGACCAUAGUAACCAGUCUUCUUUCAACUAUUCAUCGCCUGAGUUGUGGGUAAACUCCACCUCAUCUGCCCCAUAUCAGAACAUUCCAUGCAACGGAUCCAGCAGAGCAGUACCACCCAGAGAACUGUUAGCUCCACCGAAGACAGUCAAACCCCCAGAGGAUCACCUGAAAGCUGAAAACAUACAGCUGUCCAAUUCCUUCAACUACAACAUGCUUCAGCAUCUCGGCCAGUUCCCACCCCUUAUGCCCAACAAGCAGAUCGUCGAAUCAAACAGCAACAGCCAGCAGAAUGCUGGCGGGAACAAGCCUGCCAUGUCCUACGCAAGUGCUCUGCGGGCUCCGCCAAAGCCCAAACCUCCUCCUGAGCAGGCAAAAAAGAAUAGUGACCCUUUGUCUUUGUUUCAGGAACUUAGCCUAGGUAGUUCAUCAGGUAGCAAUGGCUUUUACUCCUAUUUUAAAUAAUCAGAUUAUUUUUUUUAGAGAGAAUUUAAUUUCUAUUUGUGUCAGUAGAUCUAAGAUAGUUGGGGCUUCACCUGUCGUUGCAACUAUUCCCUUUGUUUAUAUUAGUAAAUAUAUCCUCACUUAAUUGCUUUGCUGCUAGACUUGCAACUAAUUUUUUAAUUAUAUUCCAUUAUUUUGCAUUUUUUGAUGUGGGUCGGAAUUUUGAAAGCUUUUAUGUAGAACACACACAUACACACACACACACACAUUAUUUUUUAAUUUGUGUAAUGUUACCAAUGUGUUGCAUUAAGCUAGCAGCUAAGAGGUUAACUGUGCAAACUUUAAAAAAAAUAAAAAUAAAAAAAAAGUUUGUCUAAAUUGUAUUUAAAAAGAAAUUGUAAGUAGCAAUUACAUUUAUUCAAUAACAUUAGCAUACUGUGCUGGGUUUCUGUACCAGAAAUGGCCAGUUAAUGUAAAAAUGUAUGUUAUUUCUGCUUAAAUUCAUUUAAUUUUUUUUUAAAUAAAGGUGCAGCAUCUUAUAAAUACUUUCAGUUUUAUCAGCUUUUUUGUGAAGGGAUGCUGCAUUCUGAGACUUUUAUAGUUUUAGAUUCUGUAUGAUGUGGUAUUGUAUUCUCCAUCCACUGUAGGGUAAAGUAAAGGCAUUCUUUGCAGACACUUGCCAUUGUUUGGAAACGUUCAGAUAAAAAGCAUUGGUAUACUUAAAAAAAUGCUCUACGUUUUAUUUUUGGACAAGCUACUAACUUAAGCUUGUUUGAAAGGUUAAUUUGAUAGGUUUUUUAAAUGAAUCAUGAAGCUGAAAAUAAAUUUUUAGGUAUGUUGGUGCUUAGUAGAUUUAAUAACUAUUUUAAAAAAAAUGCGUGAAUUUAGUAAAAUACUUGGUUUUUUGUUUUUUUUCCACUAUGCAUGUGUAAAUGUUUGUAAUCUGGCUUUUUUCUCCCCUUCGCCAGUGGUAUAAAGAUAAAGAAUUGUGCCGCUUUAAGGUUUUUUUGUUUUGUUUAUUUUUUUUUCUGGGGUUUUUUUUUUUCUUCCAGUAAAACUUUUGGUACAUUAUUUGAUGUUUACAUUAAAAUGUGACAUUAUACAAAGAAAUUCAAAUAUUUUGCUAACUGUUUUGUUUGAGGAACAUCAUUAAAGAAGAGAUUUAAUGUUUGUGAAAGCUGUAUCCAAAUUUAUCUAAAUCUUCUUUGGGACUAAAAUGAUCUCCAACUUGUUUAUCUAUGAGUUCUACUCAAGAUCUCCACAAACCUAGUCCUUUAGGACAACAUAUAGAAAGAGAAUUCUACAGCGUGUGUAAAGAUGAAAGAGAAAUCUUUGGACAAAAGCUCUACGGAUAAAAUUUAUCUGUUAGGAAUUCUGGUCUUGCACAUUGUUCAUAAUUUUGAAAUGGAAGGGGUGUAUCUUUAUAGCUUCUCCGGAGGUGGUAGUCCGCCUUCUACACUUCAAGAGAUCUCUUUAAAUCUGGGACAUAAUUGAUUUUUCACAAGACUGGGAUUGAUUGAUUUACAAUAUUCCUCCAUUAGAUGUCAGAAUUACAAUUUCAGAGUUGUGUGGGGGUUUUAACUUCGUGUUUCUCAUUGGAAUUGCACAUCUUCUCUUCCACCCCCUACUUGGAAAGCAUAAGGGUUAAUUCCAGACUUUUACAGCUGUCAGUGAGAGACUGUGCUGAUGAGCAGUGCUUGCUGCUGUAUUCAAUCAGAUUUUUGUUCUGGUUAUAAUAAAUUGAUUUGUGUUUGA